AUGUUUCUUCCUAAACAGCAACAGAAGGCGCUUGCUGAAGAUAAAGUCAGCGAUAAGAAGUCAGCUGUAAAGAAUGACAAUGCAAUAGAUAAAAAGACAACGAAUAAAAAAUCACUACCUUCCACUGAUCAAGAUACCAUCACAUUCGCGCAACUAACGGAUACAUUCACAAAGAUCGAAGCAACCACCAAACGUUUGGAAAUCACUGACUACCUUACACAAUUUUACAAACAAGUUAUUUUAACCAAACCGGAGGAACUUUUGAUGACACUUUAUCUCACUAUUAAUCGUCUUUGCCCUGAUUAUGAAGGUUUAGAACUUGGUAUCGGUGAGAGUAUACUCAUUAAAGCUGUCGUUGAAUCAACGGGACGUACAACAGCAAAAGUGAAAGAGGAACUAAAGAAAGUUGGUGAUCUUGGUACUGUCGCACAAUCAGCGCGUAAAAAUCAACCAACUAUGUUUAAAUCAAAAGACUUAAAUGUACCGACGGUAUUUAAAAACCUCAAAGAGAUUGCUACAGCAUCUGGUAGUCAGUCUCAAACCAAAAAGAUAGGUAUAAUUAUGAAAAUGCUCACAAGUUGCAAUUCAAACACUAAUGAAGUUAAAUUCCUGAUUAGAUUAUUAGAAGGUAAAUUACGCAUUGGUUUAGCAGAGAAGACUGUCGUCGUUAGUCUCGCUAAUGCUAUUGUUUUAUCAAACAAUGAGGAUGCUACAAAGGAAGAUCUCGAAAGGGGUGUUGAAAUUGUAAAACAAGUUUACUCUGAGUUACCAUCGUAUGACUUAAUUAUACCUGCUCUACUUGACGGUGGUGUUGAUAACCUACAAGAAAGAUGUCAUUUAACACCAGGAAUUCCGCUUAAACCGAUGCUUGCGAAACCAACCAAAGCAGUCACCGAAGUACUCGAUAGGUUUGAAGGACGUAGCUUCACCUGCGAGUAUAAAUACGACGGUGAACGUGCACAAAUCCACUAUCAUGAUGGUAAAGUAAAGGUUUUCUCUCGUAAUUCUGAAGAUAUGUCUAUGAAAUAUCCAGAUUUGGUGGAACAGUUACCAAGGGCAAUCAAACCGGGUGUAAAGAACUUCGUUAUUGACAGUGAAGCAGUUGCUUUCGAUAAACAAACGAAGAAAAUAUUACCAUUUCAAGAACUCACCCGUCGUAAACGUAAAGAUGUCAAAGUUGAAGAUAUUACAGUAAAGGUACAUAUUUUCGCGUUUGACUUACUUUACUUCAAUGAUAAACCACUUCUUCAUGAAGAUCUAACUCGACGUCGCGAAAUGUUAAGUGAUAAUUUCGAAACAGUUGAAGAUGAGUUUGCAAUGGCAAAGUCAAUGGAAGCCCAAUCAACUGAAGAGAUUCAAGCAUUCUUGGAAGAAAGUGUAAAAGAUAGCUGUGAAGGAUUAAUGGUCAAAAUGAAUCAAGGUGAAAGCGCUUGGUAUACACCUUCCAAGAGAUCAAUGAAUUGGCUGAAAUUGAAGAAAGACUAUCUAAGUGGGGUUGGUGAUUCAUUGGAUUUGGUUGUUAUUGGUGGAUACUAUGGUAAAGGUAAACGUACAAAUGUAUAUGGCGCAUAUUUAUUAGCAUGUUAUGAUCAAGAUAGUGAAUCAUAUCAAAGUAUAUGUAAAAUUGGUACUGGAUUUAGUGAAGAAAUGCUUGACUCGCAUUACAAACUACUAAAUCCACUAGAGAUUACAGCACCAAAAUCAUAUUACAAACUUGGUUCAGCGAAACCAGAUGUUUAUUUUGAACCUCAAGCAGUUUGGGAAGUUCUAACAGCAGAUUUAUCAUUAUCACCUGUGUAUACAGCAGCAGCAGGUGAAAUAAGUGAACGCGGUAUUAGUUUACGUUUCCCACGUUUCAUUAGAGUUAGAGAUGAUAAAGCAGCAGAUGAUGCAACAUCUUCUGAACAAGUAAGUCAGAAUAUAUAUAUAUAA